AGAUAUGAAAACUUAAGCAGGAAGCUUCCCUGCCGCUGCUGCAGAGCUCUGACUUGUACCCAGAGUAAACCCAUGUGCUCUACAAAAGCAAGAACGAGGACUAGCUGAUUAAUCAACAGGCAGGAUCCUGCUCUAGGAAGAUCAGGUUGCAAUCCUGCCUUUGUAGCUUUACACCACACCCCCACGUAUUAUCUUAAAUGUGACUUAGUAGGGGAGGACCACAUUCAGCACGGAUUCAGGAAUCCUCUGUGUGUAUAACAACUGUUUCUAGGAGUUUGGAAAGAUGAAAGGAAGAAAGAGGGGAUGUUUCUUACCUUUAACCUUUUUCAUGCUGUUUGUCUGUAUCGCUGGACAUGUGACUGAUGACUCAGAUGAUGGCGAAGAAGAGGAUGUUCUUGGUGCUUCUUUGCCACCGCUGAAACUGGGACAUUCAAUCUGUGCCCUGAAAGCAGAUGAAGGUCCGUGCAAAGCUAUCCACAUGCGCUAUUAUUUCAACAUUCAAAGCCGUGAGUGUGAAAUGUUUGAAUAUGGAGGAUGCCAUGGCAAUGAAAACAACUUUCUAACACUGGAAGAAUGUCAGAACAAGUGUGUGGUAACAGAAUUCUCUCUGAAGAUGAUGCUAGCAAAAAUGAAACAAGAAAAGCCCGACUUCUGUUUUCAUGAGAAAGACCCUGGAACCUGCAGAGGCUUCUUUUCCAGAUAUUUCUAUAACAAAGAGUCAAAACUAUGUGAAAUAUUCAAGUAUGGUGGGUGUCUAGGAAACCAGAACAACUUUAAGAGUUUGGAAGAAUGCCAGACUACCUGCCAAGGCGACUCAAACUUAUUGCCAGAUGCUCCAACUGAAGAUCAUCUUAACAUUAUGAACAGUAGCUCCCCAGAGGAAGAGCACAACCAGUUUCCCAGGAUAUUUGUAAAUUUGUUGCCAACUGCUCCAAAUGAGAAGUCCAAUAUUAUGAACAGUAGUUACCCGGAGGAAGAGCACAAGCAGUUUCCUAGGUUUUUCGAACCACCUGCUAUCCCUUCUUUGUGCAUGACUCCUAUGGAUAAAGGACUUUGUAGAGCUAAAGAGACAAGAUUUUUCUACAACUACUCAACUGGAAGAUGUCGCCCAUUUAACUAUAGUGGUUGUGGUGGGAAUGAAAAUAAUUUCACCUCCAGAAAGUCGUGUUUGAGGAUCUGCAAGAAAGGAUUCAUUAAAAAUAAAGGUGAAAGAAGAGUAAUAAAAAUCAAGAAGAAGAAAAAGAAACUGACAGUAAAGGUUUUGGAAGAGGAAAGCAUCCCUGAAAGAAUACAUCUUUGAUUUUUAUGGAAAUGGGAAGUAAACUGCUCUUCACCUGUGAAUGAAAGCCUCUAGUGUACCCAAUUUAAAUAUAUGUACUGUACUCAUUAUUUAGAUUGCAUAUUAUUAAGCUGUUUAUGUUUUUAUUAUGUAUGCCUCCUUUAUGUUAAUAAAUAUUACUUCGUACUUUGGAAAAGAGCACUUAAAAUGUAGUUUGACUAUAUAAUUGCUAGAGAUGAAACAGGACAGAACAGGCUAUGUGGGUGUAGAACUCAUAACAAUUAAAAAGUAGGCAAGAUUCAAAUUUACUUUAUUUCCCCAUUCUUUUCUGAAAUCUAUUUUGGUCCUAAAAAAGAAGUAUAAGGUUUGUCAAAGAGUAAUCACUUGUCAAGCAUGAUUAUUUCAAUCUUAGAUUAAAAGAUGAGUCUACUGAUAAAAAGAGGAAAUAGGCAAUGGAUUUGUUUUAAUCAGAUUUAUUUUGGGUUACGCAAGCUAGAUGCAACUCCACUGAAGUGCAUAGAAUUAGACUUGUCAAAUGAAUAUGAAUCAGAAUUAACCCACCAAAAACAUAAAGAGAAUGUUCAAGUUGUAAAUGUGUGACACAAUGUGACAGAAAUUUACAAAAAAAAAUAAAAUAUAUUUGUUGGGUUCAUCGAUUUAUCCAUGUUACUGAAGUAGAUUCAUGGCUUGCAAGUUAAUAAUUUCUGGAAAUAUGUAUUCUUGGGGAAAAAAAAAAAAAGGAACAAAACCCAUUCAUAGAUGAAGAAAUCAGUAUAGUUGCUUUAGUGGUAAUGGUACAUUUCCUCUCCAGUUGACUUUAAGUUUGUUUAUCGGGGGCAGGGGGGUCUUUUGCUUCUGUUUGUUUUUGGUUUCUUGUCAUUGUGGGUGGUUUUGUUUGCUUUAAGACUGACAUGAGAUAGUGGUUCAGUUCUUGUCCUUCUUCCAGGCACCUCUCUGAUCUGGGUAGAUCUUUUCUAACAAGAUAUUUUUCUUAAACGAAAGAAAAAAGAAAAAAGUAGUUGGUUUCCUGGUAAGGUUCACAGAAAUGACCUGCUGCCUAUAAAACAGAAGAUAGGAUACGUUUUUCAAAAAUAUCCUUCUAUCCUCUUUGAUGCUGAAAAUCUUUUUUUAAUGUAUCAUGUUUUCUGUUUGUGCUUAAGACUACUGAGGAUACUUGCACUGCUGUUUGUGAGAGGCAAUGUGAAAAUACAUAUCUGAAAUAGAUGUGAGGGGCUCAGACACUACAGCAAGGAGCAAGGAGACAACAAUGACAGAAUAAUACAUGAUCUGUUGGACUAACCUGCCUUUGCCUGAGCGCUACGAAUUGCAUGUGAUUUCAGAAAGCCUCUGGGUUUUUUAUAUACCCAGUGAACUUUGGACUAACUCCACAAAAAGGCUAAUCUUUACUGCUGAAAAUUAAAGCAUUUAUGCAUUCUAAAUAUCUGAGGGGGUAAGUAAAAGUUUUUUUUUAUGCAGAAAUUCUUAUUUCUGGUGCCUAAGUCCUUUCAUGACUCUCUUAAUUUAUGAUCUACUAAGUGUGAUUUGAAAAAUGCUCAUGAAUCUGAAGUAUAGACUAAAAAAUACUUAUGUAGAGUCUUGUCAUAUGAAAUGUAAGAGCACCACAGACUUAAACUGCAAUAACUAUAUGAAUCAGACAAGUGCAUUUCUGACAGAGGAAACCUAUAAACUCCAUUUAGACACUUAGACACUGCUAAAGACUUGCAGU